CCCACCGUUGGUGUGGAGUUUCCUUCGGGACGUUUUAGACACUACAGAGCGAGUAACUUUUUUAGCCAAGUAUGAAAACCAGAUCAAUGUGUUCUCCGAGCUUCUAGACGAGCUGCCGGACACAGAGGAGCCGCUGUGGAUCCUGGGGCAGCGCUACGAUGUCCGCGCAGAAAAAUCCGAACUGCUGUCGGACGUUCGUUCGCGGCUGUGGUUCACUUACAGAAAAAAGUUCUCGCCCAUCGGAGGAACGGGCCCCUCGUCCGACGCAGGCUGGGGGUGUAUGCUCCGAUGCGGGCAGAUGAUUCUCGCCCAGGCCCUGGUGUGCUGGCAUCUGGGCAGAGAGUGGCGCUGGGACAAGGAUGGGAGGCACCCCGAGGAGUACCGGCGCAUCCUGCAUUGCUUCCUGGACAAGAAGGACAGCUGCUACUCCAUCCACCAAAUGGCUCAGAUGGGAGUGGGAGAGGGAAAACUGGUCGGAGAGUGGUAUGGCCCAAACACCAUUGCACAAGUGCUAAAGAAACUUGCACUGUUUGAUGACUGGAAUUCCUUAGCGGUGUAUGUGUCAAUGGACAAUACGGUGGUGAUCGAGGACAUCAAGAAACUGUGCCACCAGACAGGGGGAGGUAUGUUGCGGCCAGCUCUCGGCGACCCGGCGGAGCCAUCGGAGGGGGGGGCCUUCCUGGAGCAUGGUUCCUCUCGGCCGCGGGCCACCUCUUCGUACCCGCACCCGUACCUCCGCUCCGAGUGGAAACCGCUCCUGCUGAUUAUACCUCUUCGCAUGGGGAUCAACCACAUCAACCCUGUGUACAUUGAGGCCCUCAAGGAGUGCUUCAAGAUGCCGCAGUCCUUGGGCGUUCUGGGAGGAAAGCCCAACCUAGCAUAUUACUUCAUUGGAUUCAUUGGUGAGGAGCUGAUCUACCUGGACCCCCACACCACACAGCUGGCAGUGGAGUCGGAGGCUGGCGGAGCUGUGGAUGACCAGAGCUACCACUGCAACAGGAGUCCACACCGCAUGAAGGUCACGAGCCUGGACCCUUCGGUGGCACUGGGGUUUUUCUGUAAAACUGAAGAGGACUUUGACAGCUGGUGUGGUUUGGUCCAGCAGGAGAUCCUGAGGAAGAGUCGUCUACGUAUGUUUGAGCUGGUGGAGAAGCAUCCUCCUCACUGGCCCCCUUUCGUCCCUCCUACCAAACCUGAGGUCCACACAACAGGAGCUGAGUUCAUUGAAUCAACCGACAAGCUGUUUGAAUCAGAAGAGGAGUUUGAGAUUCUUAAUGUGUGAGCAAACGGGGGCAUCUCUGGAUCACGACACUGGCGAUGCCGAAUUGAGCUCCUCCCGUCCGGACAGGCCGAGCGCGGACUGUCCUGUGCUGUAGAAGUGCCUCAUAUCACACAAAGACCAAGCACAAACUGUCUACCAGUUUGCAAAAAAAAAAAAAAACAAAACAAAAAGAAAAACAAACAAAAAAAGAAAAACAAAGGUAAUCGACGCGUGGAUUGAAGACCGACGUGAAAAGCUGAAAGAGCAAAAAAAUGCAAAGUUUGUGCAGAUUCACUUUGCUGUGGUACACAAAGCCAAGGAUUAUGGCAGCGCCUCUUCGCUACGGGGACGUGUCUCUGUACGGCUUCAGAGGAACUCGAGGACUUUGCAGUGCAUGAGCUGAACGAUACCGUUUGCAGACGCUGUUCUGCGUCUCCUGCUGAGGACAGGAGAGAAGAGCAUAUCUGUGGUGAAGCCGUCACCUCCAGUAACACACUACCUCCUGUUGGCGGGAGACCAAUAUGCAGACUUUUCAGUGUUAAAAUAAUUUGUAUAUCAAAGUGCCUCAUUUUAAAACGUAUUUAUAUCCUUGGAAUGGGUAGUUUAAGGGAUUACCUCUAGUUAAGGAAGGGUAAAUGGUAUCUACCCUAAACUUGUGUAAAUAUGCUAGUCAAUAAAGAGAUGGAAACGCCAAACCUUAUCUGCUGUUUGGGGGGGGUCGGGGGGAUGCUCUCUGUAUAUGUAGCAGGCAGUAUUGAUAUCAGAACGAUUUCAACGGUUCGAGCACCUUGAGGAACUAAUAAAUCUGUUGAAUCUACAAUUUACCAUCAUUUACUCUCCUUUCAAGGCACAGCAGCCUGCUGAGGGAAAAAAUAUAUAUAACAUGAAUUCAUUUCUGCAAACGCGUUGUACUUAAGAGGAUGAAGUGCAUAUAAAUAGAGCUCAGCACUGAUGGUCGGGUUUCCACCAAUACAGCAAUGUCAUUGUGACACUGGACUUAUUUCAUGAGUACAGAAAUGUUUUUCACUGUGUCUGAAAGUUUAUUGAUAUGGCAAAUCAUUUGAAGCAAUAUCACCAUAUGCAGACUGAGGGAAGGCAGAUAUUGGGUUAAAUUUCUAAUAACUUGUCAUGUAGAAGAGUGCAAUUUUUUUUAAUCCUAUCUUUCAACACAAUCC